AUGGACGAUGCGGCAUGCUCGCAAAUACAACUCCUUGAGGUUACAGAACAGUCAUCUUGGUACAACGUGGUGGAACGUCAAAUGGAGCCCUUGACUGCUUUUGAUUGUGUCUUGAUGCGACAAGACCCGCCAUUUGACAUAGAAUACUUUUAUUACACGCAUCUGUUGGAGGCUGCUAGUGGACAAGGUGCGGUGGUUUACAAUUACCCAGAAGCGUUGCGUAACGUUCCAGAAAAAUUGUCUCUGCUAGAGUUUGCUGAAUAUGCGCCAGAGACGUUAAUUACACGCGAUUUAGCACAGAUCAAGGUAUUCCAUGAUGAACAUCAGGAUAUAAUUAUCAAACCGCUUGAUGGCAUGGGAGGGCGGGGAGUUUUUCGGGUCAAAGCAGACAGUCUAAAUUUAUCGGCCAUUGUAGAAACCCUCGGUAAUUUUGGUGCAAACUUAUUGAUGAUUCAGAAGUUCUUACCCGAAAUCUCACUGGGGGAUAAACGUAUUUUGAUUUUUGGUGGAGAGCCUAUACCCUAUGCCUUGGCGCGUAUUCCACAAAAAGGUGAGGUGCGCGGUAAUAUGGCUGCAGGUGGCAAACCUGUUGCGCAGGCUAUGACAGAAGAUGAACUGUUGAUAGCGCGUGAAAUAGGUGAGCGUUUGUGGCAAAAAGGUUUAUUUCUAGUUGGCUUAGAUAUGAUUGGCCUGAAAGUUACGGAAAUUAAUGUGACGAGCCCCACG